AUGAUACUUACCAUCCUCCGACCUCUCCCGCCAUCAUCACCCUCUCUCCUUAGCUCCUCGAUCUCUCCACUACCAGAGGAUCCAAAGGUACUUCUCCGUCCGUCCGUCAUCCAAACCUUCCUUUCCUUCACCGAGAUGACACAAUGCACAGCUCCACUUCCUUCCCGAGCAGAUCCAGGAAAAAACAAACGCCGCUUCUAUCAUUCUUGUGGAAGUCCCGGAGAAAGAAUAACGGUGGAAGAUGGGCGGGAGGGAGAUUAAUGCACCAUUUUCAGGAAGUAACAAUCUUUUCUGCGUGGCCGGUCGUGGUAUGGGUGACUGCCAUGCUACACUGCGGUGGAGGUGGGUGGGCACGUGUGAUUGGAGGAGAGGGAGUUGCCGUGACGGCGGGCUACCGCAUAUUGGCGAGUGAUGAGCUGUGAUUAUGGGUUAGGGGUUGUGUAUUGGUGGGGGGGGGAAUUGCCUGGUGUGGUAUCAUACGUACCGGUAUUGCGCGAAUUGGGGGGGGUGUACCAAUUCUUUGCAUGAGUAAGCUAGGGGUAGCCAUUGUGGGAGCGGGGUUGUGAUCCUAGCUUUGAAACAGCUGUGCUCCCAUGCCUUCCGUAUAAAAUGCUGGCCCCCAAUUAACUGUUUUACCAAAAAUGGACACAAAAUGACCCCCCGCCCACCGAGUCCUGAUCCCACGAGGAGCGUUGAUGGAGAGUUUAGCAUGUAAGAUUUUUAAUUCUCGCUCCAAGUAUCAUGCUGAUAAAGAUUGACGUGCGCUGACUCACUCCGUCGCUACCCUUAUUCAAAACCCCAUAGAAAUUUGCGGUCUUGGCAUAGAUUUCAACCUUUCGCUUUUUCAGAGCUCAAACUCUCGGAGACUCGGAAUAAUUUCCUGUCACCUGGCUCCUAACUCUGGGAUUAUUUGCCCACAUUCCGUCAACAGGAACCUUCUAAUAAUAUAUCUUUUUUUCUCUUUGCUCCCCACCCUUUAACGCGCCGGAUGGGUGCGUAUUCGAAACCGGCGUUUUUUUCUGUGGGAAAUCUUGGGGGAAGGGGGGAUGGGAACAUUUCUUUCACUGCCAGGGUCGUAUCAUACUUUGUGGGGGAUAGCAAGGUGUCUAGUGGGAUAUAUAAAUUUAUGAUGCAUACCGGUAGAUUUAGACUGCUGAAAUCUCACCAGGCUAAACAGUCUGGAUAUUUCCAACAACCCCCUCCUCUUCUACCUUUGGGUACUAAAUCUUCUCUGAGCGCCCUACUGGUAUCUGUGAUUAUUCUGCCGUAUGAGAAUUGGUCGCAAGGUUAAAGUAUUGCCGCCAAUAAAUAAUAACUAGACGACUAUAUGUGCCAAAGGGGGGGGGGGG